AUGCGGCCCGCCGCCGGGGAGGCGCUCCCGCCGCCGCAGGACGACGCGCAGGCCACGCUCCUACUCUCCGCGGGCGGCCCGGAGCGCGCGCUUGCCAGGCCCUGGGCGCGCUGGGCGGCGGCGCUUUGCGCGGCCGCCGCCGCAGCGCCCGCGGCGGCUGCCGCGGCGCGCUGCCUGCGCGGCGGCGCCCCCGAGGGCGUUGUGCUCGCAGCGGCGGCCGCGCUCGCGGCCGCCACCACGACGACGCAGCCCUUCGCGCGGGGCGACUAUCAGGCGGCCAUAGACUUCCUGCCCGUGACGACGCUGGUGUAUUAUCGCUGGACUCACAGUAAGGAGGAACCUACGCGCAAGUUGCCAGCAUUGAUCCGGAAGUUCGACAUGCUGUUCGGCAUGGAUGAGCUCGUCGACGGCUGGGAUCCGCUGCCCGCCCCUCCCAAGGACGUCAGAACCAUCUUGUGCAUACCGUGGGCGCCUGGCCGGCUGCUGGAGUGGGUCAAAGUGCACCUGGACGAUUCGGACAACAACAGGACCGUGGUCUUCUCGGGCAGGGAGUCUCCUUUGUCCGAGGCCUGGGGGUGGCAAGACUCGAACCGCUGGAAUGAAAUGACCGAGCAGUACAGCAAAUAUUUCAAGCGCAUAUACUUUUACGUCACCGACGUGGAGCUGGAGGGCGUGGACACCAUGCCCAUCGGCUUCACCGAAUCGUACAUGCAGGGUCGCACUGACAGUUUUCUUGAUGCCUGGACGCAGGCGAGCACCAAGGACACACGUAAGGUGCACUCAGUUCUCGCGGCAUGGGGUAAGUACACCGCCCUGGGUGGCAAGCAUCUCCAGCUGCCUGCGUAA